UUCGGCUCUUUUCGUUCAUCUUCGUAACUGUUCGGAAACUUUAUCCAGUAGAGGGGCUGGACUCACGUUUUCCAGAGCGCCUGUAACUAAUCCAGUUCAUUCCACCGAUCUGUUCACCUGAACGCCUGACGAAUGGUCACAAACGCGCAGACUUUGUUUUUAUUUUAAAACACUCCAAAAUACUUCUGAGGAAUGUGGCGGAUCUGAGCAAACAACCAUACGUGCACUUUGUGUUAUUGCGAAGCGAGUAACAAUAUCUCAAAACAUUUGAAAAAGAAACCAUGGCAACGGGCGGAUUUAAAUCCAACAGCUCGACGGACUUUCUGGAGGAAUGGAAAGCGAAGCGCGAGAAGAUGAGGGCGAAGAUGCUCGGGGACAUCGCCGCCGCCACCGGCGUCUGCACGUCAGUCGCGAGCUCCGCCAAAAACACCGAGUUAAACAAUAACGGCAGCUCGGCAAACUGUGUCUCCUCCUCGUCCUCCUAUCCCGUAGCCCGGACCUCCUCUCUGAGGCGGCUGGAGGACGAGCCGAAGACACCCGAGUCGCCCGGGGGAAACUUGAAGAAGACGCCGGAGAAAGUGAGCGCCGUCCCGUACACGGAGAGUUCGAGCCCCGCCGGUGUGGAUGACAGUGAUAAAGAGAGUCCCACUCACAGCAAGAGCAAAGAGAAGAAGAGCUCAGGACCCAGUGCCAGAAAGGGCAAAGGACAGAUAGAGAAGAGGAAGUUAAGAGAGAAGAGGAGGUCAACAGGUGUAGUCAGCAUACCGUCCAAUGAGAGCUUGGAUGAGCUUGAUGAUGAUGAUGGUGGUGAGGAGAAGGAGAUAAAGACAGACGAAACUCUUACACAGCACAACACAGUCCAGAAUGAAGCAGUGACCCCUGAUCCCGGAGCAGGCCACUCAAUACAGGACACUCCGAGAUCCAGAUCUCUUAAAAGUGAUGAGGACGGAGGAGGAAAUAGACAUCGUCAGCGACAUGGAAGGGAAGUUAGUGCUGGCAUCCCUGUAGCACUGGAGAGGAGGAUAGAGGAUCUAGAAAGGGAGCUAGCCUUGGAGAGACAGGAGAACGCUCGCAUAUUGAAAGCCUAUCAGGACAAGGACGACCUGAUCGUUAAGCUGAAAGAGGAGAUCGACCUGCUAAACAGGGAUCUGGAUGACAUUGAAGAUGAGAACGAGCAGCUGAAACAGGAGAAUAAGACCUUGCUCAAAGUGGUUGGUCAACUCACAAGGUAGAGCCAAGUGACCUAAAUAUCACUUAUGGAGUCUAAAGGUCUUGCUGUCGCACCCUGACAGGUUUAGCUGAAGAACACGACAGCCUUACAGCUCCAUCCUUUAUGCUAUCUGCUCUGUUUGUCCAUGUUGUUGUUGCUCUCUGGAAGAGGAUCUUUGUGUGUUGUCGUGAGGCUUCAAGAAUCUGGAGAACCGCAAGAUCUCAGCCACACGACAGUGUUACUUGAGGCCUACUCCUUUUAUUAAGGGUUAUAAUGAGGAAGUAAUAUUCUAUUUAAUGUAAAUGUGCAUGUACAAAGGCUAUGCUGACUGUUGUUUUAAGGCUUGCAAAAAAGCAGCAUAAUAGACAAAAUGCAAUUGAAUGUACGCGGUGCGGCACCAAAUUAAGAGGAGUUUUGUUCAUGUUUUUCUUCUAGCUUCAAGGGUUUUGACAUUCAAAUUGCAAUCAUUUUACCAACUUGGCAACAUGAACCUCUUUGGCAUAUAAUGCAGGUUAAACGUCUCAUAAUGUUUUGUCACAUGUUUCCAAAGGAUUGCUUUCAUGACAAAAGAAAAAUUAAAUUUUAUCCCAUCCGGAAUCUUUCGUAGUCAUAUGAGCCUUAGUUUUUUCCAAGAGAAUGACACAAUGAUUAAGUCUCCAGCUUGAAGCUUGUAAGCUGUGUUGUUUAUAGUGAUUAUUAUCAUUGAUUUAUCAUCUGAUUUUUACAUUUGACACAAUUCACAUUUUUACAAGUUGUUUUGUGGUAUCAAUAGGUGUUGCUACACAUUAUGCACUCAUUAAUAUUAAUAGAUUAGGCUACGGCAGCACAUUUUUAAUUAACCAAACCAAAUGGCGGAGAUGUCAUUUAAAUGUGUUCAUAUCCAAUAAAGACAGCAAUGUGACAUUUCUGUAAAUUGCAAAUGUUUGGUCACCACUUUGGGGUUCAUAUCUACACUGAUGCUAACCAGUGCUUAUUACAUGUAUUCUAUAAAGUAUUUGGAGGGUGUAAAUUGUUUUUAGACCGUAUCGAGGGGGGAUAUUUCUGUGUCCCAUCGCUUUGCUUAAUGCAUGAACACAAGAUUGAAUUAAAGUUUGAAUAAAAAUCUCUCAUGA